AUGACUAAUCAGGGCAUACAAUUAUUUUUCACCAAGUGCAGUGGCUGUUUGGAGAAAAUCGCUCCAACAGAGUUUGUAAUGCGAGCUGUGCAGAGUGUUUACCACCUCAGCUGCUUCUGCUGCAAUGUCUGUGAGCGCCAGCUGAGCAAAGGAGAUGAGUUUGUGCUGAAGGCUGGUCAACAGCUGCUGUGUAAGGCCGACUAUGUGAAAGAAAGAGACCUGCUGAGGACCAUGAGCCCAGACAGUUCAGAUUCAGAAAAGAGUGAGGAAGAGACUUCAGAUGUAAAGUCAGAAAAAUUCAUCACAGCAGAGAAAAGGAGUGAUGACAACAAAGAUCCUCGGCGUCCUAAACGGCCACGCACAAUUCUCACCACGCAGCAGAGACGUGCCUUUAAGGCUUCGUUUGAGGUUUCCUCCAAGCCCUGCAGAAAGGUCAGAGAAACCCUGGCAGCAGAGACCGGGCUAAGUGUUCGUGUGGUUCAGGUGUGGUUCCAAAACCAAAGGGCAAAGAUGAAGAAGUUAGCACGUAGACAGCAGCUACAGCAGGAGCAUCACAGCAGUCAAAGACUGGGCCCAGAAGUAAUAUCUGGCUGUAUGGAUGGUCUGCUCAGCAACUUCUCAAGGUCUCUGCCUCGAACCCGGCCCCAGCUGGUGACCAUAGAGCAUUGUGGGUACAACAUAUCCUGCCUCCAGCAGGGCCUCACUCCACCUCAAAUGCCUGGUGACCACAUGAAUCCCUACGGUAUGGAUUCCAUUUUCCAUGACAAUGACAGUGACACCUCUAUGACAAGUGUAAGUGUUGCCUUUCCAGGUGGAGACUUCCUACAGGCACAAACAGAAAACCCAAUAGACAACCUUUACUCCAUGCACAGCUCCUACUUUGCUUCCUGAGACUUGGCCAUCAUUGUCUCAUGCUGCUGAAUAAAUAUUUUCCAAACUAUUCA